AUGGCUGCCAGGCGGAUUGACGACCGCGACCCAUCUAUAGCUUAUUCGCAGCCCGCACAAGGUCAUCACUGGACUGACCAGGGGUCUAGCACGUCCUAUGGUGGCACCCUACGGUUGACGCGAACGCGAAAUGCCAAUGCGAGGGUUACCUUUGAGGGGACGUCCAUUCAGGUAUACGGUCUUAUCUCCCCUUCUGGAACGGGAGAGGUUCCGAUAUCGAACUACGCCAUCGACAAUCUCCCCACUGUGAUGUACACGGCAGCACCCAACUCGCAAACGCAGAGUCAAGUUUUAUUCUUCGACUCUGGACCACUUUCUCCUGGUACCCACACCCUCAUCGUCUCCAACCAACGAGAAGGAGCAUUUUUCUGGCUGGACUCUUUCGUUAUCACGCCGAACCCCGCACCGCCGCCAGCAUCGCCACCCCAGGCAGAUCCUCCUGUCACUCAGCCAGCACCAAGCCCGCAAGAAGGUAUUCGACCUGAUCCCAGCCCAUUACCAGGAUCCGACAGGCCUCCGCCAGUUGGGAGUAGUAACCCGGACCCGGCUCCGUCUCCGAGUCCUCGCAGCGGCCAAGCAUCUGAGUUGCCAUCCCAAAUCUCGCAUGCGCACAACCCAGAAACCACGUAUGAUGCCAGCGUCACGAGAAUCCUGGUCAAAUCCCGAGAGCCAACUCCGUCUGGUAGCAUCGAAGACAGUUCCCAAGGAGAGGUUGUGGGUGCUUCGUCCAAAGGGACACCGGUCGGCCCGAUUGUGGGAGGUGUUUUGGGAGCAUUGGUUCUCCUUCUCCUGACCGGUUUUGCGAUUCUCUUUUUGAAAAGAAGGCAUAGGAAGAAAGCAGCGUCUGAAUCUCAGUAUCUGGGCCAGCAGCCGUCAUGGUAUUCAGGUAGCCCGGUGACUGGCUCUCAUGCCGCGCCAUACACAUCACCGACAAACAGCACCAGUGUGUCUGGCCACGCCCAUAACCGCUCUCUCGACGCCAAUUCCGGGAAUGCGAAUAGCUAUGCCAGCCAGCAGCAAUAUUACGCCGCCCCACCCGUGGGCAAUAGCUACACUCACACUCCAGGCUGGAGAAAUUAG